AUGCCUCGAGGAUACUAUCUCGGGCAGGGUCUCAUCCCUCUUGGCUACAGCAGCAGCGACGAUGACGAGGGCCCGUGUGAACUUCCAGACGGCCGCGUGGUUUGCGGUCCGCACGGCUUGGUGGUUUGCGGCAGGUGCUGCGUCGACUACAGCUUCAUGGACGAUGUUCCGAGUAACCAGGGCAACGGCGAUGACGAAGAAGAGGAGGAGAACGACGAGGAUAGGGGCGGGAAUGGGGCCGAGCCUGACUUUAUUCACGACCUUCUGGGCCCUCCACUGCGGAAGGGGACUGGCCGAUCUUGGCCCUCAAAGUUCAUCCCGUCCUCAACCACAGACACGCCCGCCGAGUUGUUCUCUGGUCGCAGGAAACAUAUACGUGUCACAAGAUACACCCAUCGAGACGACGCCAGCACUGUUCUAAUCCGCACAGACGGUGCUUGUCUCGACAACGGCCAGGCCAAUCCCAAGGCCGGCUGGGCUUUCUGGCAUGGGGUUAGCGACGACGGCACUCAGCUCAUUGCCAGCGCCCGCCUCGAGGCCAAGGGUCCUUUUGGCGCCGCCGCCGCUCAGACCAGCAAUCGAGCCGAGCUCCGUGCCGUGAUCGCUGCGCUGCGCUUCCGACACUGGCCUGGCGAAGGGUUCGGGACCUUUGUCGUCGCUACCGAUUCCGAAUAUGUGGUCGAAGGCGCUACCAAGUGGGUCAAGACGUGGAUGGAGAACGAUUGGAAGACCAGUGCCGGGGCCGACGUCAAGAACAAGGACUUGUGGCAGGCGUUGUUGGGGGAGAUCGAGCGGGUCUCGGACGACGGCUUGGCCGUCCAGUUCUGGAGGAUCCCGCGCGAGUGGAACACGGCGGCGGAUGCAGCUGCGAAAAGCGCUGCUGCCCAGGAAGCGGCGCCGAGCCAAUGGAUGGAGAUGAUUGGAAUGAACAUUUGA